AUGGCAUAUGAUAUUUAUGAAGAUGUUGACGACACAACUGUUCCUGCAAGUGAGGUAAAGUCAGAGGAACCGAAAAGUGACGAAAAACCAAUAGAAGAAGAAAAACCAAAAACUGAAGAUAAACCAAAACCAAAGGUUAGUUUCAAUACUAAACCAAGUCAACCUUCAUUAGCUGGUAUGGGUUGGCGUCAAAGACUUUUGGCAGCGGGUGGUUACGUAAAGUAA